AAAUCAAUUAAUUAUUUUCUUAUACUCAAAAAAAUGUCAUCAUCUGGUUCAUUCGAAUUGCAACCUCCAAUUAAUGGUAAAUUCAUCACAAUUCUCAGCAUCGAUGGAGGUGGCAUUAGAGGAUUAAUUCCAGCAACUAUUCUUGAAUAUCUUGAAUCUCAACUUCAGGAAUUAGACGGUGAGGAUGCUAGGCUCGCAGAUUACUUUGAUAUAAUUACAGGAACAAGCACGGGUGGCCUUGUUACCGCUAUGCUAACAGCUCCAAACAAAGAUAAUCGUCCUCUAUUUGCUGCUAAGGAUAUAAAGCCCUUCUAUCUUGAACAUGGUCCUAAGAUAUUUCCACAAAAUAAUAUGAUACUGAUUGGAUCAAUUAUAAAGGGAUGGAAAUUUCUAACAGGACCAAAGUAUAAUGGGAAGUAUCUUCAUCAAGUCAUAAAGGAGAAAUUAGGGGAGACUAAAUUGCAUGAGACUUUGACUAAUGUUGUUAUUCCAACUUUUGAUAUCAAGAAUAUACAACCUACAAUUUUCUCCACUUUUGAGGCCCAAAAACAUUCAAUAAUGGAUGCUAAGCUUUCCGAUAUAUGCAUCGGCACAUCUGCUGCUCCAACAUAUCUUCCAGCACAUAAUUUUCAGACCCAAAAUGAAGAUGGCAAAUUUCAUGAGUUCAAUCUUAUUGAUGGUGCUAUCGCAGCUAACAAUCCGACCUUUAUUGCUAUAAGUGAAGUGACCAAACAAAUAUGCGAACAAAACCCAUAUUUCAAAAAUUUCGACGAAAUGAAGCCCACUAAUUAUGGGAAAUUUUUGGUUAUCUCCAUUGGGACUGGAUCAGCAAAAUUGGAACAUAAAUAUGAUGCUAAAAUUGCAUCAAAUUGGGGUGUUUUUGGAUGGCUAACUGGUGGAGGCUCAAAUCCAAUUAUUGAUGCAUUUGCUGAUGCUAGUGAUGAUAUGGUUGAUUAUCAUAUUUCUAUUGUUUUUCAAUCUAUUUCUUCUCAAAAACAAUAUCUUCGGAUUCAGGAUGACACAUUAAGUGGAGCAGACUCCUCUGUUGACAUAUCAACCAAAGAGAACAUGGACAAAUUGGUUGAAAUUGGGACAAAUUUAUUGAAGAAACCAGUUUCAAGGGUAAAUUUGAAGACAGGUCUAUUUGAACAAUUAGACCCAACUGGUGGCACAAAUGAAGAAGCUUUGAAAGAGUUUGCAAAGUUGCUUUCCGAAGAAAAAAAAGUCAGGAAUUCCAAAGUAUCUACUACAAAUAAAUUGUAGAGGCGAAAUCAUGAUUUGGUAUAAAUGAAUCCUAGAUUUUAUGAUUUUGAAAUUCUGUAUUCUAGCUUUUGAUUGUUGGACCGAUGUAAUAAUAUUCAAUAGUGUGUUAUGUAAAAACUUUGUUA